AUGUCUAAUCCCGUAAUUGUAAAGAACAAUUUUCUACGUAAGCUUCUGCCUGGGGAGAAAGAGCUUGGCAUGCAGCAUCUAAACAUUGACUCGUCGAAAAUCAGCGACACAACGUUUCUCUGGCCUGUACCGAGUUCCUCUAGUACGACCCCAUGCACGAUAUGUGUGAUGAAAUAUCGCCAGUGCUUGUAUGAUCCAGCCGGUGAUUGGAGACGCAAGGCUCAUACCACCGAGCUGUUAAACUUCCGUGUCGCCCUUUGCCCAAUAGCUGCCAAUCUGUAUUUUCUUGGCAUGCCCUCUUCUUGGAAAUCAAGCCCUAUCCAUAACUGA